GCAAAAAGGUCUAAGAGAAUCAAUGAAAAAAGAGUGGUCUGGAGAUGUUGACCUUGGAGAUGGUAUUGUUCAGCGGCAACAUGAAGAAUAUUUAAGCAGAUUGGGGAUGGUUCAGAAGUUAGGAAAGGGUACUAGAAAGAGUAUGUUAGCAGAGGAUCUGAACAGUGUGAAAGAAAGGCUGAAAGAGGAAGUUCAUUUUCUGGAGAAGGGUAAAGACACUGCCCAGAAUUGUUAUGACAUGAAAAGGACAAUGAAGAAUGCUAGUGAAGAUUCUCUCUUUGCUCUUGCUUGGGAAGUUGAUGGCUAUGAAAAACUUCUAACUAAAAAUGCACACAUCCUGUCAGUCAUUGAGGAAAUUCUUCACAACAAAGGAAAAGGGAAGAAGUUGUUCUUCAUAAAGGAAGAACUUGAAGUGUAUAUCAAGGGAAUUUAUACAAAGAAACGUGACGUGGCUACUCAUCUCCUUAUCUUCAUGAUAAGUGACGAGUUAAGGAAUAGGAAGCCAUAUGCAAUUCCAGUUCGUAUCCUGACAUACCACACAAUAACUGAUGCUAGACUUAGAGAGCUAAAAGAUGAACUGAAAGAUGUCAUGGAAAAAAUGGGAAUGGUGGUUGUUGGAUUCUCGACCGAUGGAGAGUUCAACUCUUUAAGAACACAGGGGUCCACAAGACCAACAUCAGUAGUCCAGUUGGCAAUGGAUGCAAAAGCUGAAGCAAAAUCGACAAAAGCUGCCACAAUUAAACAAUAUCUAACUCCCAUUAAUGUCAAUGGUAACAUUGCACCUCAACGGUACCACCCAGCAGUCCCAAUGGAAGAUGUUCAGUGGUUAUGGGAAUUUAUGAAUGACCCAAGAUGCCCUUGCUCGUUCAACUCUGCUAUUCAUAUUUUACGAAGGAAGCAUUACCCUUUCUCACAUGAUCCCAAUCCAUGGAUAGUAGGAAAGCAAGAAACAACUGCUGAUUGCUUGAAAUCUUUGAUGGCAAGCUAUAUUUAUCGUCAUAAAGUGUCAGUAUAUUCGUCAACAGGAGUUGACUUCAAAAACCACCUCUAUGUUCCUGAUGGCUGCCAUGACAGGGAAGACCAUAACCAUAUCCUAAAGCGGAUUGGAAUGUGCACAAGAAAUGGUCUUGUGCCAUCAGUUGAUCUGCGUUGGUUUGUCCAAGCUCUAAAAGACCCAGCAACAGGUCUCACUUACACAGCUCUCACUGGUCAGAGAAAGCAAAAUGUUCCAGAUGUUGAACGCAUAUUUUCCCCAGCUAUGGUGCAUUACAUGAACAACAAUGGACAUCACACAGAGGCGACAUAUCUGAAAACAGUGUGUAACUGGCACAAAGCCAAUGAUGGCAGAGGGCUUACCGAAGACAAGAGAUGCCAGUACAACUAUGACAUGCUACGCUUUGUACUUGAUGACUGGAUGCCAUGGCAUACAUAUGACAGAGAUUUCUCAAAGAUCGACAUAAAUAGGCCAUUAAAAGGAAUAUGUGGCUUCACUAGAGAAAUCAUUGUAGGCUUAAUUGCAAACAUUGAAAGUAGAGAACUGCGACGUUUGCAAUGUCACAUUAGUAAUCUACCCCCAGAACAUCCACGAGCUAGCUCUACUGAUGAUGUUGAGGGAUUCAUUUCCAUACUACACAGACUUCUUGGUAAAACCUUUGAUCAUAAGACCUUUAUGGAUAACUACCCCAAAAUUGUCUAUGAGUUUACAAAGAAGAUUGAUCCAGACUUGCCAUUUUUCUACUGGUCUGGAUCAGACACAAGAUAUAAMGUMGGUCCAUUGCCCUCCUUUAAUAAGCCAUCUGCUAGUGGUUUAGAAAGGUUAGAUACAGUUAAAAUAUCUAGAAGAGCUGAUCCAGCUGUGUUUGCAGCAAGCCGUGCAUCGCUCCCUCAAAGAGGCAGUUUGACCAUUAGAGCAACAUUCCACAAUCCACCAGAGUGUUUACCUCCCCCUAAUAUGAAUCAUUAACUAUCAUGAAAUAWAUAUCAUAUAUCAAAAUAUCAUGAAUGAAUAUUGCUGUGCAUUAUAAAUGCUUAUCCUUAGUAGAAAAGUGGAUAACUAAUUUAAUGCAUGAUAUAACAUGUAUCCACACUUUGUACAAUGUAGGCAAUGGUUGAAUCAAGUARAGAUAUUGUAACUAUAUUUCUUAUAACUAUUGAGUUUGRUUUUACAGAAGUAAUAUUCACCUUUAAUGCAAAGUUAAAUUGGUCAUAAAAUUUACAUGCAAUCAGCAAAGUGUGAAUGGAUAUUGUUAUGCAUUAUAAAUGCUUAUCAUUAGUAGAAAAGUGGAUAACAUGCAUGAUAUAACAUGUACCUACACUAAUGUACAAUGUAGGUUGAAUCAAGUAGAAAUAUUGUAACUAUAUUUCUUAUAACUAUUGAGUAAAACUUUGAACUGAAACUCAAAAAAUGUAAUAUAGUACAUUCAUCCAUUGAAAAAUUAGCAACAGGAAUUUUAGCAGUUUUUAACUUUAACUUUUGCUUAGCUAUUAAAUAUUUUCAUCAUUUUUAUGAAGUU